GGGACCACGAGGGAGGGAGGAACACCACUCCCGCAGAGUGCAAGCAAGUCAUUUGCGGAGCCUGGGGCUCUUCUCCUGUCCCUUCCCCCAGGGUGGCGUGUCCCCAGGAAGCCAGGGAUCAGCUGGAGAGAGCUAGAGCUCCAUGAGCACCUGCCGGGCCAGACAUAGCGGCUGAGCUUGCUGCAGCGGGAACCCACCUAAUCCUGGGCUCCUUGGAGGAGAAGGUUUGCUGCGGUCCUCACAGCGCAGAUCCCCUAGCCAGGAUGAAGCCACCAGCCCCGGGGCCCACAGGGCUAAGAGACAGCCGCCAAAGCCUAGGUUUCAAUGAUGGCUCUUUUAUGCCAGAACUAAUGAAUACUAAUUAUCACCUUUAUAACACGCUACAACGAGUGAGCGAGGGCUUUUCACGCAUUGGCUCAUUUAAUGCUCACGAUUGUAUGAGGUAUGUGGUACCAUUAGCCUCAUUUUACAAAUGAGAAACUGAGAUUCAGAGAGGUUCAACCCUGGGAAGGAGCCGAGAGAAGGUCUGAAGCCAGGCGUCUGGCCCAGGGUCCGAGCUCAUAUCACAACGAGUGAGUGGGUGAUGUGUGCCUGGCCAUGGCCGGCUCCACCUCUCCCCCACAGAGGCCCUGCCAGCCUCUAGGGGUGUCCUCACCGAAUUAUUCACUUGCCGAAUAAAAAUACAGGAUGCCCCGUUAAACGUGAGUUUCACAUAAACAACAAAUCACUUGGGACAGACUUAGACUGAAAGAUAGUCUAAGACUAUCUGAAAUUUGAAUUGAAGUGGGCAUCCUGAAUUUUAUCUGACAAGCCUGUCUCCCCAGAGCCCCUGGCGUUGCCUGUGCCCCUGAUGCUCCGCCCUGCCCCUAAUCCUCCCAGUGAGCAGAGCCCUGAGUGGGCACAAUCCUGUUCCCUUUCCUCCCGGCCCGCACGCAGCACCAAGUGCCCCGGGGGCAAGAGGGCUCUCCCUAUGGCCUGCCCAGGAUGUCUCCUGCAGGGCCUGACGGAGGACGAGGACGUGCGCGCCAUGCUGCGGGGCUCCCGGCUCCGCAAGAUCCGCUCGCGGACGUGGCAGAAGGAGCGGCUGUACCGGCUGCAGGAGGACGGCCUGAGCGUGUGGUUCCAGCGGCGCGUCCCGCGCGCGCCGUCGCAGCACAUCUUCUUCGUGCAGCACAUUGAGGCGGUCCGCGAGGGCCACCAGUCCGAGGGGCUGCGGCGCUUCGGGGGCGCCUUCCCGCCGGCGCGCUGCCUCACCAUCGCCUUCCGGGGCCGCCGCAAGAACCUGGACCUGGCGGCCGCCACGGCCGAGGAGGCGCAGCGCUGGGUGCGCGGUCUGGCCAAGCUGCGCGCGCGCCUCGACGCCAUGAGCCAGCGCGAGCGCCUCGACCACUGGAUCCACGCCUACCUGCACCGGGCAGACUCGGACCAGGACAGCAAGAUGAGCUUCAAGGAGAUCAAGAGCCUGCUCAGAAUGGUCAACGUGGACAUGAAUGACAUGUACGCCUACCGCCUCUUCAAGGAGUGUGACCACUCCAACAAUGAGCGGCUGGAGGGUGCUGAGAUUGAGGAGUUUCUGCGGCGGUUGCUGAAACGCCCCGAGCUGGAGGAGAUCUUCCAUCGGUACUCGGGUGAGGACCGCGUGCUGAGCGCCCCGGAGCUGCUGGAGUUCCUGGAGGACCAGGGCGAGGACGGCGCCACGCUGGCCCACGCCCAGCAGCUCAUCCACACCUAUGAGCUCAACGAGACAGCCAAGCAGCAUGAGCUGAUGACACUGGAUGGCUUCAUGAUGUACCUGUUGUCACCUGAAGGGGCUGCCCUGAACCCAGCCCACACAUCCGUGUUCCAGGACAUGGACCAGCCCCUCUCCCACUACUUCAUCUCCUCCUCACACAACACCUAUCUGACUGACUCUCAGAUCGGGGGGCCCAGUAGCACCGAAGCCUAUGUUAGGGCCUUUGCCCAGGGAUGCCGCUGUGUGGAGCUGGACUGCUGGGAGGGCCCAGGAGGGGAGCCCAUCAUCUAUCACGGCCACACCCUCACCUCCAAGAUCCUCUUCCGAGACGUGGUCCAGGCUGUGCGUGACCAUGCCUUCACUUUGUCCCCAUACCCUGUCAUCCUGUCCCUCGAGAACCACUGUGGGCUGGAGCAACAGGCUGUCAUGGCCCGCCACCUUCGAACCAUCCUGGGAGACACGCUGGUGACACAAGCGCUGGAUGCCCAGAACCCUGAGGAGUUGCCAUCCCCAGAGCAGCUGAAGGGCCGGGUUCUGGUGAAGGGCAAGAAGCUGCCGGCUGCUCGGAGCGAGGAUGGUCGAAUUCUAUCCGACCAGGAGGAGGAAGAGGAAGAGGAGGAAGAGGAGCCAGAGGCCACAGAACAGAGGCGGCGGGCCAAGCAGAUCUCCCCUGAGCUGUCGGCCCUGGCCGUGUACUGCUGUGCCACCCGCCUGCGGACCCUGCGCCCCACCCCGGUCCCGCCCCAGCCCUGCCAGGUCAGCUCCCUCAACGAGCGCAAGGCCAAGAAGCUCAUCCGAGAGGCAGGGAACAGCUUUGUCAGGCACAAUGCCCGCCAGCUGACCCGAGUCUACCCCCUGGGGCUUCGGAUGAACUCGGCCAACUACAGCCCCCAGGAGAUGUGGAACUCCGGCUGUCAGCUAGUGGCUUUGAACUUCCAGACACCUGGCUACGAGAUGGACCUCAAUGCCGGGCGCUUUCUUGUCAACGGGCAAUGUGGCUACAUCCUGAAACCCGCCUGCCUACGGCAGCCAGACACCACUUUUGACCCCGAGUGUCCCGGACCUCCCAGAACUACUCUCACCAUCCAGGUGCUGACUGCACAGCAGCUGCCCAAGCUGAACACUGAGAAGCCAAACUCCAUCGUGGAUCCCCUGGUACGCGUUGAGAUCCACGGGGUGCCUGCAGACUGUGCUCGAAAGGAGACCAACUAUGUGCUCAACAAUGGCUUCAACCCGCGCUGGGGGCAGACCCUGCAGUUCCAGCUGCGGGCUCCUGAGCUGGUGCUGGUCCGCUUCGUGGUGGAAGAUUACGAUACCACCUCCCCCAACGACUUCGUGGGCCAGUUUACGCUGCCCCUCAAUAGCCUGAAGCAAGGGUACCGCCACAUCCACCUGCUUUCCAAGGACGGCGCCUCACUGUCACCAGCCACGCUCUUCGUCCACAUCCGCAUCCAGCGCUUCUGAGGGUGGGACGACCCACGCUGGGGCUCCUUGGGUGCCAGCCUGCCUCCUGUGGCAGAGGCUCUGUUCUCCUCAGGAGUGGGGGGUGCAGGGAGGACUAGCUCCUCCAGCCUGCUCGCUUUGCCCACUCCACUCUCUGGCCCCAGUGGAGCGCUAGGGGCUGCCUUGGUCCCUCUUGAACGGGCCGCCGCUUUGCCCUGUGACCCCAGAGCCUGGAGACGGCCCCAGCUCCUCGGAUUCUUGGCUGGCUCCCUCCUCCCGGCUCAUGAAGAGCCAGGCCUGUGGCUGCCAGAGUUGGGGAGGAAACCUGAGCCUUUAGCUCUUCUCUGCCCCCCUGGGGGGCAUCCCAGCCGCCAUCCCCAGAGUAGUUCAGCCCCUUCCUUGCCCCCUCCCCCACCCCAGGUAUUAUUAGCCACCCCCCAGGGCCCUCCCCUUGCCAGGCUUUCCUGGGCUCCCCACUGGAGCUCGACUUUGGGCUGCCUUUCCCAGGAAGCCUACGAGUAGGUUUUCACUUGUGUCAUAGAAGGGACCUGAAGAGGACAGGAGAUUAUCGAUUUUAAAAAAUAAAGAAACAAGUUUA